AGUGCGCAUCAUAGAGGGCACUAGGCUCCCAUCAGCUUCUUGUAAAUACACAGUCCACUCGUAAACGCUUUCUGUCCGCGUUUCGCUUCGCUGCCUGUUUUAGUAGCAUUCUAGUAAGAUUAAAGCUUCGACCGCGGUUCGCCCGCGGAUUACUUUGACUGGAUAGGAAUCGAAAUGAUCGUUACCGCUAACCUUAAGAGCCGUUUUAGGACAGCCACCACAUCUCUACGCGCAAACGCUGAGCGCAUAUUUCGCUGACGGGUUCCCGUCAACCGAAGUUAUCACGAAAAUGUGUUUUCAACCGCGGAUAAGGAAAACGGGCAAAUGGUCCGGUGCAUGAAAUGCUCCCGCCUGGCCGCCUGGGCGCUGCAGGUGUUCCGCGUUGGGUUUUCGGUUGAAGAGAGAGGGAGAGAGUGACUGGGGCCCCACGGGACCGCGAGGUAGAGGGCAGAUGCAUCCGUUUUGCUCGACGCUCGGCCGGCGCCGCUUUUCCUCCGCUGCGCCGGGUGCCGGAUCGUUGCCCGCAGGGGAGCUGCGGUCACGUGUUCUCUUCGUCCGCGGACGCUUCCGUUGGCAGCGGUCGUGCGACCGGGGGAACGGAACAAUCGGCGCAGUGCUGCCACCAUUUGCCGAGUGUGACGCCGUUGCUCGUCGCGGUGAUCAGAGGGCGUCUGGAUGCCUGAACGCUUCGCGCCCGUCUUUGUCGCUAUCGUGUGCUCCAGCAACGACGUGCCUGUGCCUUGCGUCUCUUUGCGAACCAACACACGUACAGCCAUGUCGCAUGAUGCCGUGAUGUAUUUCCUGGCGCUCAUCGAGCAGCGUCCCGCGCUGUGGGAUGUGAGCAACGAUGAUUACCAGAUCCGCACGCUCAAGCAAUCCCUGUGGGAAGAGAUCACGGCACAGAUGACACGGAAGUGGCCCUCGUUCGGCCCCUACAACACCGAGUCUCUAAAGACGCUGUUCGCGAACAAGCGCCGGACCUACCGACUGGAGAGGAAGAAGAUGCGCGACAAGGGCCUCCCAGACACUGCCGAAGCUUAUACGGGAAAGUGGCGGUACUUCCGAGUCUUGGACAACUUCUUGAGGAACGUCAUGCAGGCGAAGGCUCCCAACGAGUCCUUGGAAGAGCAGGAGCCUGAAACGGGCCAGGAAGGCUUCGAAGAGGUUCUGCUACCAGACGACUUUGGAGACGAGAGCCCGCAGUUCCACAUACUGGGCGGUAGCUCGGUCGCGAGCACCCGCGCAUCCUCGCCCGAAGUUGGUCAAGCUCAGCCCGAAAGUUCUAAGCGACGACGUGACCCCGAGCCCUCGUCCACACCGCUGCUCUUGUGCUCGUCGGAAAAUUCCAGGCGCCCAAGGGAGCCUGAGCCCAGUACGACCCCGUACGACUUGUGGGCGCAAAGUCAGUCCCUCGCUAAAAUAGCACGCGCCGUUGAGCAGACAAUCGAUGUGGAUGACGCUGCGGGACAUUUCGGAAAGACAGUUGCUGCCCUGCUACGACCGCUGGACGGCAAAAGACUCGUCAGGUGUCAAGCGGAAAUACUAGGUGUGAUUGAAAAACAUCUCGCUGAAUGAGGGAAGCCUGCCACGUGUUUCCUUUUUAAUUGACCUGCUACCCCGUAUACUGCGCCUUGUAAACAUGUCAUUUUCUUCGCUCGAGGAUAAUUAAAGGAAAACCACACAAACUGGGCCAAACCAGAAA